AGAGAAGUAUUGUAAGUAACAAUGUUAUCUGCAAGAUCUAAGAUACCAUCAAUUAUGUCCAGAGCUCGGGCUCUGGUUUCUUUGAAGAGUUCUUCAAACAGCAUCAGAUCUCUUACAGCAAUACGGCCAUUGGUCGACAUGAGUGGCUAUCCUGCUAGUCCUUACGAAGCGUUUGCCACUCGUCAACCUUUUAACCCAAGAAGAUUGUUCCACUCGUCUGCAGCUUCGAGAUUGCAAAUGUCAAUGAAUAAAGAAGACAAUAGACCAGCAUUAGAAAAAUUCGGAACUGAUUUGACCCAACUUGCUAAAGAUGGGAAAUUAGACCCUGUUAUCGGACGUGAUGAGGAAAUACGUCGUACUGUUCAAAUUUUAUCCAGAAGAACCAAAAAUAAUCCGGUACUUAUAGGUAAUGCCGGUACCGGUAAAACCGCAAUCUUGGAAGGUUUGGCUCAAAGAGUUAUCAAGGGUGAAGUUCCUGAAAGCAUGAAGGAUAAGCAAAUCAUCACUUUGGAUUUGGCAGGUAUCAUUUCUGGGGCUAAAUUCAGAGGUGAUUUUGAAUCAAAAUUAAAACAGAUUCUUAAAGAAGUUGAAGAAAAACAAGGUAAUGUUAUUUUAUUCAUUGAUGAGUUACACUUAUUAAUGGGCCUCGGUAAAGCUGAAGGUUCAAUAGAUGCUUCUAACUUGUUGAAGCCUGCAUUGGCAAGAGGUAAGCUUUCACUUUGUGGUGCCACCACUAUUGAUGAAUAUCGUAAGUAUGUUGAAAAAGAUGCCGCUUUAGCAAGAAGAUUUUCUCCGGUAAUGGUAAGUGAGCCUACUGUGGAAGAUACUAUUUCAAUCUUACGUGGUUUGAGAGAACGUUACGAAGUUCAUCACGGGGUUCGUAUAACCGAUUCUGCUUUAGUAACUGCUGCCUUAUAUUCCAAUCGUUAUAUCACUGACAGAUUUCUUCCCGAUAAGGCAAUUGAUUUGGUUGAUGAAGCAUGCUCCACUUUAAGAUUACAACAUGAAUCAAAACCUGAUGCAAUUGCUCAGUUGGAUCGUCAAAUAAUGACCAUUCAAAUUGAAUUGGAAUCUUUGAGAAAAGAAGAUGACCAACUAUCUACCGAUCGUAGAUUGAAAUUAGAAGAACUGUUGAAAGUAAAAGAAGAAGAAUUAAAUGAAUUAACUAAACAAUGGGAAGCUGAAAAGGGUUCUUUGGAUGAAAUUAAAAGGGCUAAAUCUGAAUUAGAACAAGCCAGAUUCGACCUUGAACAAUCUCAAAGACAAGGUGAUUAUGGUAAGGCUUCUGAAUUACAAUACUCAACCAUCCCUCGUUUAGAAAAACAAGUUCAAGAAGUGACUGAAAAGGAAGUUGUUGGCUCGAACUUGCUUCAUGAUUCGGUCACGUCUGAUGAUAUAGGUGCAGUUAUUUCAAAAAUGACUGGUAUUCCUGUAACUAACUUAAUGAAGGGUGAAAAAGAUAAGUUGUUGGACAUGGAAGUGUUGUUGAAACAGAAAGUCAUUGGUCAAGAUGAAGCUAUUAAUGCUGUUGCUGAUGCAGUUAGAUUACAAAGAGCUGGUUUAACAAGCGAUAAGAGACCAAUUGCCUCUUUCAUUUUCUUGGGUCCUACUGGUACCGGUAAAACGGAACUUACUAAGUCUUUGGCAGAAUUUUUAUUUAAUGAUAAAUCUUCAGUUAUCAGAUUUGAUAUGUCAGAAUUUCAAGAAAGACAUACUGUUUCGAGAUUAAUCGGUGCACCUCCAGGUUAUGUCGGUCAUGAUGCGUCCGGUGAAUUGACUGAAGCAGUUAGAAGGAAACCUUAUUCAGUAUUGCUUUUCGAUGAAUUUGAAAAAGCACAUCCAGAUGUUUCCAAACUAUUAUUACAAGUCUUGGAUGAAGGCUCUUUGACUGACUCUCACGGAACCCAUGUUGAUUUCCGUAAUACAAUCAUUGUUCUUACCUCCAAUAUUGGACAAGAAAUAUUGUUGGCAGAUAAAGACACUUCUGAUGAUGGCCAUAUUAACGAAAAUACGAAAUCUCAAGUUACAGAAGCUUUAAGACACCACUAUCCUCCCGAAUUCUUGAACCGUUUAGAUGAGGUUCUUAUAUUCAACAGAUUGUCCAAGAAAUCUUUAAGAAACAUUUUAGAAAUCCGUUUAAGAGAAAUUAGUGAAAGAUUAUCCGAUAAAAGAAUUUCUCUUGAUUUGACUUCUGAAUCUAAAGAUUUGUUAACUAGCUUAGGUUAUGAUCCCGUUUAUGGUGCUAGGCCUCUAAAUAGAGUCUUGCAAAAGAAAUUAUUGAAUCCUUUGGCCAUGCUUUUAAUCAAGGGACAAGUUAAAGAAGCUGAGACUGUCCAUAUUGAUGCCAAGGAUGGACAGAUUGUUGUUGAACCAAACCAUGAUGAGGUUCUUAAUGGCGAAACUAAUCAAUAAUCAACGAUUUAAUGUAAAUAGUAUUUGAAUAAAGAAUUGUAAAUAUUAAUAUAUCGAAACUUUUAUUUAGAAGGUACUUGCA